UUUUUUGAAAAAAAAAAAAAAAAAAAAAAAAAAAAAAAAAGUCAUCUCUUAUUUUGGCGGUGUAUACUGCGUAUUGUCAACAUAUUAAUGGCUUUAUUUCCCCACUUCUUGACUCUCUACGAUCUAUAAAGAUGAAAAUGUACUCUUGCCUUCCGAUAAAGUCAUGGCCAUCUACCAAUCUCUCACAUCACACCUGACUACGCCCCUGCCUCCCAACCAUCGCCUCUCCAUCUCCUCUGUUUCAUCUAUGCUGUCUGUGAACUCUACUAGUUCCCAGCUUUCGAUCUCGACACCCACAAGCCCCAGUUCGGUUCGUCGGGUAGGAUCUGGGAAAACUGACCCACAUCAGCGAUCCAUUCGCUUCUUACUCAACAAAAAAAUUCGUCGCACGGGAUCUGGAUCCUCCAUCCCUGGAACGCCCACAACUCCAACGACUCCAACAACACCUAUGUCACCCAUGCAUCAGCAAGAUGAUAUUUUCUGGGUCAAGGUGGUUUGCUUAGGACAGGAACUUCCAGAAACGAUGACUAUAAUUGAUGGUAUGCCGACUGCGUUAGAGAAAACAGAGCCACGAGCGCAGGGUCAGAUAAGGGCCUCAAAGAUAGAACACUGGUUGCCAAUGCAAUCAACAUCGAACGCUGGAGAUGUUGUAUUCAAAGCACUAGAAAGGAUAGCCAUCCGUGCCGGUGUUGUUGAUGGUGUUCCGGAGCAUAUUAUUGCUGCAAAAAGAAGCGCCAUUCAAGACGGUAUUGUCAUCGAAUAUCAGUUGGGUCUGCGAUUGAACACCCAGUCGUCCCGAAGGGCAAAGCAAGGAGAUGAAGUCCCUUUACCGCCCCAGAUGUCCUUAAUUCGAUGCUUUGAGGAACACCAAUUGACUCCCGUGCGUCGUUCACCUAAAGCAGAUGUAGCAUCGAUGCCACCAGCGCCAGACUAUGUGUUCUAUUUACGCAAGUCGGCCAAGUCGCUUGAAGCAGAGUUGGACUAUGCCGAUCAGCAACAAAAACAACAACAACUUCAGGCACAGCAAUCGCAUCAAGAUCGGGAGCAAUCAAAAAGAGGCCUUGCUCCUUUACAGGCUCAAGCAUUGCAUUCCUCUACUGCUAACGACUCACCAAGGAGUCCCUCUCAGUCAAGCCCUACCGGCAUAUCCAGUAUACGAUCCCUCCGCAAUCCACGAAGUAUUGAAGAUAUUAAUAGAGUUGAGCCAGGAUCGCCAGGAAUGGGACCUUAUCAGACUUCACGCACGACUCCUGAUCAUCAUGUCGUAGGGGGUCGAAACAGAUCUGCUAGUGUUAGUCAAAGUUCACGUCCUGGACAAAUAGCAUCACCAAUUCCAUCCAACAUUUCUGGCACUGAGUAUGAUAAUACCUCGCGCUCAUCCACACCCGAAAGACCAUUACGUGCAGAGCGGACGGAUCGCCAACCGGCCAUGCAACAGCAGAGAGCCAUGUCUCCCUCGAUGACGCACGGGCCAUCACCGCUAUCUUUAGCAUCCCUUACAUCACAGGAUAACAAUAAUGGUGCUGUGGCAAUGAACAAAGAUGCUUUACAGAACCAGCGACUUGAUUCGAAAAUUGGGCCUGUCAGUAUCAAAAAGAAUUCCACGCAGGGCACGGAUAUUGUACUCAAUAAGGGUGUGAUCAGAUCAUCGCGUCUCAUGAACUCAAAGAAGUAUCGCUAUUCAUUUAUUCCUGAAGGAGGGGAUGAGGUGGACAUCUCGGAGAUUAUUGAAGACAUUCUUGGCGAGGAAGACGACUACGGUGACGCAGACGAUGAUGACAAAAUCAACAGAGGCAUUGAGCAAGAUCACUUCGGCAUUGAAGGAGAUGUGGCUUCUAGUCGGUCCCCAAUACGACCAAUUCCGAGUGGAACCAGUGAUCGGGGCAAUACCAUGGCAUCGGCAGCUCGAGACCGUUUGGAGGUUCUGGCAGGUUCCACUCGUGGAAGCAAUACAUUGAUGAGGCUGGAGAGAGUACUGGCAGGGGAUGAUGAGAAGAGAUCCACAUCUGCACAGCCUAGGAUAGAUUCCCCGCCUAGAUCUCAGUCACAACAACAGGCGAAGCAUAUUGCCAACAAGCGUGAUAGUGAUGUCGAGAUUCAAGUUGCAUCUGUGACAUCCCUGCACACUCGAUCAGCGUCGCCAAUUGUUUCAGAGCAACCGCCUUCUGCAAGAGCUUUCGCCAACGCCUCCGACGCUUCUGCUCCUGGAUCGCCUCGUUCACUCCGGCCGACAUCACCGUUUGGAACUACAGCCAAGCCUACGCUCUUAUCUGGCACUAAUUCUUCACCAUUAAAAGAAGGUAGUAUAACCGCGGACUUGGAGGCUUCAACCGCCCAGCGGUCAUUCUCCCCAAUUCCACGGCGAUUGCAAUCUCCCUCGCCGGCGGCGCUAAAACAGCAACAACUGUCUCAAGGGAACUCAUCGCCCAGGUCAUCGUCGCCUAAUCAACGUCCAGAUUCGCCUUCUUCGGGAGGAGGACGCUCAAGUCCUGGUAUGGCCCCAUCAAGGUUAAAUCCCGAUGGCUCAGUCUCUCCAUCUUUUAAUACGAACAGGAAUCGGUCUGUAAGCGCCAGUGCUGUCACUGAAGCCCAAACACCGUCACGUCUUGCGCAGCAAUUAGGAAGCCCUAACAUCAAGAAUAUUGGAACAGCGAGCUUAAACAGCAGUGGCAAGGAAUGGCUUUUGUCUUCAGAUUACAAUGCUGGUAUGCAGGACUUAUUGACACUUGUCCGAGCUGGGCGAUCAAGCUCCGUAAGUUCACUUUCAGGACCACCUAUGCAUCAUUUUCGUGGAACGAGUCCACUGAUUGGCAAGGAUGGGAAAGUGGUGACACUUCCGUCAACAAUUAAGGCCUCGUUGAUCAAUGGCAGUGCACUCAAUCGUAAUCGAUCCCCGUCAUUACCACAAUUAUAUGAAUAUUCGGAUACCCAGCAACAUGACAAACAACUACACAGCAAAGAUAACAUACUGCUAUCAUUAUAUGACAACAAACACCCUAAUGACAACAAUAAUACCAACAGUUAUGACCGAUAUAGAAACGAUGAACAAACGAGGAUGAUGUUGAUGAUGCUGAAUGAGUUGACGCUUAAAGAUGUUCAGCGGGAGUGCCACCCAGAUGUGUAUGAGUGCUGGAAAGAUGUGGAUGCUGACCUUGAUCGAGUGGAAAGGGAGCUUGACGAAUUGCUGGUCACUGUCAAGGCAUCAGCCCUGUGAAUAAAAGGCCUAAGAUUUCAUAUUAAAAAGAUUAAAAAAUAAAUGAAAAUGGUUAUUG